UUGAACUGUCAUUAUUGAAUGUUCAACUGGCAACAAACGGACGAAAUGCUGUUUUCUUACCACUGUGUAUUGUUUUCCGACGAAGCUUUCCGAGCAGAAUAGUUGCAUAUUUACUAUCGCGGUAAAAUUGCGGAAAGAUACCUUCAAUCUUUUCUGUGGUUGCAUUUCCAGUUGUAAUAAAGUUGCACAAUGGCCGAGAGUGCGGAUUUCAAGGUUCCCAGCGUUGAUCAAAAACUGUUAACAAAGCUCAGAAAACCCGCUCUACCAGCGUCAGUUUCGAAGGUAAACAUUACUUUACCCACAAAGGUAGAACCGGACAGUGCGGAACAAUUUGAACAGAAUACCGUGGAAAUACCUCCCAUACCUUACAAGGAACCGACAUGGUCGCGGAAAUGCGACCCAUCACAGGAAUAUAGCUUCGAGGUGGAAAAAAACGGAGUCAUCAUCGAGGAGAUUAAACAGCUGCAGAGUAAACCUUUCUGGUUGUUUGGCCGUUUGCCGAAUUGUGAUGUGAAUAUGGCCCAUCCGACCAUCUCUCGGUAUCAUGCUAUACUACAGCACCGUGCAACAGAUGAGUCUAAUCAGAAAGAGGAAGAAACAUCUCGCCCGAUACAUGCUACGAUCGAACCGGGAUGGUAUUUGUACGAUCUGAACAGCACACAUGGUACAUUUUUGAACAAACAACAGAUACCUGCUCGCACGUACGUACGUGUCCGCGUCGGUUACAUGAUCAAGCUAGGAUCGAGCUCGCGAACCUACAUCUUUCAAGGACCAUCCGAAGACGACGAAGAGACUUCACGCAAUGUAACAAUCACGGAAAUGAGGGUGAGGAAGCAAAAGCAGCUUGAACUGCGCGAAGAAAUCGAUGAAAUUGAGCGCAAGGAAAAAGAACGUGUUGAAAAGCUGAAAGAAGAAGAAGGCAUUACAUGGGGUAUGAUGGAAGACGCCGACGAGGAGUCGGAUCUUACCGAAAAUCCUUACGCAACAUCAAACAAUGAGGAACUGUUCCUAAACGAUCCAAAGAAAACGUUGCGCGGUUUCUUUGAACGGGAAGGCUACGAGCUGGAGUACAAAGUGGAAGAACUGUCGUCGGGUACGUACUGUUGCAAAGUCGAGCUUCCGGUUGACGAUGCAAAUGGACAAUCAAUCGUAGCGGAAGCAACGCAUAAAGGCAAGAAGAAAGAGGUGGUUGUGCAAUGUGCUUUGGAAGCGUGUCGCAUACUGGACCGUUUUGGUAAGCUACGACAAGCAAAUCAUGAACCACGCCGACGUUUUCAAAAACAGUCCGACUCGGAUGACGAUGAUGACUUUCUGGAUCGGACGGGUGCAGUUGAGGAACGCCGUCAGCGGAAACAAGCGGCAUUGAAACCGCAAACGCAUACAUACGCAGAUUUGAUACACAAGGAAGCACUCAUACUAGAUCGUCUGGAGUCCAAUGAAUCAAAAAUACAAAACGCUCGUUUGAUUAAACAGGAAACGCACCUACCUGAGAAUGAUGAUGAUGUGGACAGUUUUUUAAACAAUCUGACUAAAGAUGGAAAGAUAGACAAGUUUGAGAUCCGUCGUUUACGGAUGGAGCAAGUGAAAUUAAAUGAAGAGUUAAAACAGAUCAAGAAACUCAUCGAAGUAACAAAGCCAAUCGAUUUGCAAAACAUUGGCAAGAAGAAAGAAUGUUCCUCGGAUUCCAAGCGUCAGGUAUUACCACUGUACGGCAAACGAACCAAGCUCAGUAACACUUUUGGCAUCCGUGAAUCGAGCAUAAAAGCGGAAAAAGAUGCUGAUCCCGAUCCGGCCGACGGUGUAUCUGGUUCCGCUAACGAUGCACAAACUUCAAAUGUUCCAAUGCGAAAAAUGUCACCCAAACAGGAGGAGUUAGGUGAACCGAGUACCCGUUACAGCAAUGAGCGGAAACGAUCUUCAGUCGAAGCAAAGCCGAACGUUAUUCGGGAAACAGAUACUACAACCGGUGAAAGCAGCGGCAAGAAAAAGCGCGGUCGACCGAGAACUCGGAACAUCGGCAAAGCUCGCGAAAAUGUCGAUAUUGACGAUGCGGUUGAGAUGGCGAGCGAGGAUAAAAAUGUAGAGUGGGUGCCACCAUCCGGUCAGACUGGUGAUGGUAGAACUUCGUUAAAUGAAAAGUAUGGAUAUUAAUGCGUUGGGAGUAAUGGCUUGUAUGCGUAUACGCGGUGAGUAAACUUCACAUUCAGCAUUUAAUAAAAAUGGAAACUGCAAAUUCAAA